AUGUAUUAUGUGAAUAUAGUUUCACUAAUUCAAAUUUCAAGUCUGUCAUAUAUUUGAGGUUGCAUUAGCCUUUGAUUUCUUUUCUACAAGAUUUAUCUGAUUUUGAUGUCACCAUUAUAUGGGAUAUGGAUCCAUGGCCAAUAGGGAUUGAAUUAAUAGUUAAGGGUGCUGCAUUUAUGGCUUCACCAAACAAAAUCAAUGUAAACAGUGUUUUGGAGAAGACUGAAGGGACUGAGAUUGACACUCUGCAGUCAUUAUCCAAUAAUGCUUAUUGAUCUUCAUUCACUCAGUUUGUUUUGUCUAUUUUUUGUGGGGAGGGAAAAAGGACCUUUCCCUGUUGUAUUAAUUUAGCAGACAAAACCGUUCAAAAGAGGGAAGAGUUUCAAAUUAGAAAAAAAGAUAUGCUUAUUCACUGAUUUUGAAUGCAUAAAUACUUAGAAAUUCCCUUUGGAUCUGCCGUGUCUGGCAGGAACGUAGUUUCUACGAAUGUGAUCUAAGUGGAUGCAUGUGAUCAUCUUAUUGAAGGUCUAGUAUGGAAAACAACAUAAACAUUGAAAUUGUAGAACAAGGCUCUCCAGAAGUUCCAUCACUUAUCAAGUAUAUAUCAUCAAGUGAAGUUGCUGGCUUUGAUACUUCUGACUUUCAGUUUCCCAGCCCAUCAUCCAAAGGAAGUGAAGCAACUUCACAAGGAAUACAACAUGAUGCACCUGUAGUCAUCAAUCACCAAAGGAAGUAUUCUGUCAGCAUGCCACUUUCUUCUGAAGAAGUGGAGCUUCCAGCACUGGAUGGAAAAACAGAUGGUAUUCCCAUUUCCUCUUCUCAAUCAGCAACUGCUACUUCUAACCAUCCCCAGCAAUCAAAAUGUUACUCUCAACCAAUGCCAAAAGGCCAUGUGCUCCAAGAAGCAGCUAAUGGAGACAAGGUAAACAACCAUCCUGGCAUCAAGGCAUUCAAGGACAAGAGGUUUGACUCUUUCAAAACAUGGUCUGGAACACUUGAGAGACAAUUAUCAAUUCUACGAGGAAAGUCACCCAAAGCAACUGCACAAGAUGGUAACAACACCCCCAGGAACAUUGAAAGGCCUUUACCUGUCGAUCGGUAUUUCGAUGCCUUGGAAGGUCCAGAGUUAGAAACUCUCAGGGCUUCAGAAGAGACAGUGCUACCUCAGGAUAAAAAAUGGCCAUUUCUUCUUCGGUUUCCUAUUUCAUGCUUUGGUGUCUGCCUUGGAGUUAGCAGCCAAGCAAUUCUUUGGAAAGCACUUGCCACAUCUCCAUCCACUCAUUUUCUUCACAUAAGCCUCAAAGUCAACUUAGUCUUAUGGAUCAUAUCCAUUGUUCUUGUUACCAUAAUUUUCACCACCUAUCUUCUCAAAAUAAUUCUCUACUUUGAAGCAGUUCGUCGUGAGUACUACCAUCCAAUCCGUGUUAACUUCUUCUUUGCACCAUGGAUAGCCCUCUUGUUCUUAGCUCUUGGGGUUCCCCCAUCAGUGACCAAAAACUUGCACCAUGCCCUUUGGUACAUUCUAAUGAUACCAAUAUUCUGUCUUGAAAUUAAGAUCUAUGGACAGUGGAUGUCAGGGGGUCAAAGGAGGCUCUCAAAGGUGGCCAAUCCUUCAAAUCAUUUAUCAAUUGUUGGAAACUUUGUAGGGGCUUUGCUAGGAGCAUCUAUGGGUCUUAAAGAAGGGCCUAUUUUCUUUUUUGCUAUUGGACUAGCUCACUACAUUGUCCUGUUUGUAACUCUCUAUCAGAGACUUCCAACAAAUGAGACCCUCCCAAAAGAGCUGCAUCCUGUGUUCUUUCUGUUUGUUGCAGCACCAAGUGUAGCUUCCAUGGCAUGGGCCAACAUUCAGGGUUCUUUUGACUACGGAUCACGGAUUGCCUAUUUCAUUGCCCUCUUCCUUUAUUUCUCACUGGCUGUCAGGAUCAAUUUCUUCAGAGGAUUCACAUUUUCGCUUGCAUGGUGGGCCUACACUUUUCCAAUGACAGGUGCAGCAAUUGCAACAAUAAGAUACUCAAACAAGGUCACAAAUGGGGUUACAAAGACAAUGUGUGUGGUACUGAGUCUGAUCUCCACACUGAUAGUGGUAGCACUGCUUGUAUCAACUAUAUUGCAUGCCUUUGUCUUCAAAAACCUCUUUCCCAAUGACCUUGCCAUUGCCAUCAGUGACAGAAAGAGAAAGCCACAAAGGAAGUGGCUAGGUCUCAGAUACAGAAGCCAUGAGUCGAAAGAGAUUGAAAAUUACUUGAAGUUUGUGAACCCUGAUACAAUUGAUCUAGAAGCUUCUACCCCACAACCAAAUGCCACAGAGGAGUCACCUUCUAUCUGAGGAUAUUUGUUUUGUUACAUAGUAAUGUGUCUCUUUAAAACAGACAAAAUAUUAUAUUAUGAGUUCAUUGGUUGCUUGGUAAUCUUCAUUAGCCAAACAUGUGAGGAACAGAAGUAGGAGUUUUGACUGUUCCAGUGACCAUGCAUAGAAGAAUAUGAAGAUCUGUGUUAGGAAGAGCAGUUUACUGUAAAAUCAUUUCCCACCUUUAAAAUAAGUGAGUUGUUUUACUGUAUGAGUAGAUGGUCAAUAUCAUUACCACAAAAGAAAUGAAUAGUCGUGUUUUUGUGUGAUGUUUGGAUGU